AUGACGCUCAAAGUUGGCAUUGCCGGCAUCGAUGGUCAACUAGGUUCUCGCAUUGCCAUUGGAUUGCUGAAACAACCUGGGAUAAAGCUAGUUGGGUACAGUCGAGAUGCCGAUAACGUUGACGAAUCCAUCGCCGCAAGAGUCGAUUUGUUCACAGGUUCGGCGCAUGAUUCCGAUCUAAUGGCGGAUUUUGUCAAAGGCAGCGAAGUAGUGGUCUGCUGCUAUCAAGCGGACGAUAGCAUCAUGGUCGACGCCCAAAAGGUUUUGGUUGACGCUUGCGAAGAAGCAAGUGUUUCUCGCUACAUUGCCAGCGAUUGGUGUAUGGACUAUACAAAACUCGAGCCAGGACAACUAUGGCGCAAAGAGCCAAUGAAAAUAAUUAAGCAAUACAUCGAGACUAAGAAGAAAGUGAAAGGUGUUCACAUCCUGACUGGUGUCUUCAUGGAGACGUUUUUCAGCCCUUAUUUGAAGGUUUUCGAUCACUUCACAAACACAUUCAAUACAUGGGGAGACGGCACGGAGCUUUGGGAAGCGUGUUCCUACGAGGACGUCACUCGAUGGACAAUCGAGAUCAUACGAGAUCCAUCAUCAGUAGGUGUCAUACGAUUAAUCGCAGACCGAAAAACGUUGCCCGAGAUUGCUGCAACGUAUGAGGAAAUAUACCGCACGAAAGUUCACGUCAACAAUCAUGGCACUCUGACGGAGCUCUUUGAGCGAAUGCACGAGCUACGUGACAGGUCCCCAAACGAUAUUGGCAGUUAUUUACCUCUCUUCUAUAAAUAUUACACAUUGAACGGUCAAACUUUGGUUGGACCAAAUUUGGAUAACCACAAGUAUCCUUCAGUUGUAGCGGGAAACUGGGAAGAUUAUAUGCGCAAUCGUACACCUGAGCAGUUGGUGGGUUCGGGAGGAGUACGGCUCACGAAAGUGUUUGGUCCCAAGAGCCAAAUCAAACGGCGAGAUAGUUAUGAAUUGAAAUUCUCUAAGACAAGACUAAACUUGCUUGCUCGAAGUUUUGUUGCUCACAGUUUUAGACCUCUCAAAACUUCGGAUGAGCGAGCUACUCCGCAACACUCUGCCCCCGUAAAUCCCCAUGGGGCCCCUGUUGCGCUCUCUUUUCUUUUCUUUGGCUAUGACCAAGGCUUCAUGGGCGGCGUCAUAACGGUGCCGAACUUUCAGAAGACCUUCAACCAUCCUAGACCAGUUAUCAUUGGUAUUACGCUUGCCAUAUUUUCACUCGGCGCACUGUUUGGAUGCAUCUUCAAUGUGAUAUUUGGAGAUCUCCUGGGAAGACGGAAAAGCAUAGGUUUGGCCAUGGUUUGGGUCUGCAUAGGCGCAGUUCUACAAGCUUCCUCGUAUCAACUUGCUCAACUCAUGGUCGGACGUUUUGUCGGUGGCUUCGGGGUCGGGAUUGUGUCCGCGACCGUGGCAAUGUAUCAAGCUGAGAUGUGUGAAGCGCACAUAAGAGGUCGCUUGUUCUGCUCACAGCUCAUCUUUGUUACGCUCGGGGUCAUACUGGCCUUGUACCUUGACUAUGGCAUGAUUCACACCACAGGCAGCGCUAGCUGGAGGGUUCCAGUGGCGGUUCAACUCAUAUUUGUCUUGAUCUGUGCCAUAUGUAUCCUUGGGCUUCCAGAAUCUCCACGCUGGCUCUACAGUCGGGGACGAAGCCUAGAGGGCCUGAGGGUUCUCUGCGAUAUCUACGAUCGAAAUGAAGACGACCCCAAGAUCAGGAGUGAGCAACUCGAGAUCCUCAGAUCAAUCGAGCUGGAGCUCGCUGGAAGCCACUUCGCAUGGAAGCACGUCUUCAAACAAGACACCGUCCGCACAUCGCGCCGUAUACUGGUCUCGUGUGGUGUAGUGGUUAUGAACCAAUUAGCCGGAAUCAACUUGCUUAUAUACUACAUGCCGACGAUUCUGAUAGGGAGCAUCGGUACUUCCGUGGAUAAUGCCAUUUUGAUAACUGGAUGCGUUGGAGUCCUACUUUGCCUGUCAACAGGGUUAAUUACAGCACUCGUUGACCGCGUCGGACGUCGAGGCCCCUUACUCUAUGGAAGCCUUGGAUGCGGUAUAAACAUGAUGAUCAUCAGUAUACUACUUGCUUUGAAAGAUAGCACCGACUCGAAGGGGUUGGCUGCUGCAUCGAUCGCAUUUUUCUUCUUGUUCGCAUUCUUCUACGCGAUAGGCACAGGCACGCUUGCUUGGGGCUUCGCGGCCGAGCUACUUCCUCUGCACUCCCGCGGAACUGGAACGGCGGUGGCGGCAGCGGGUAAUUGGCUGGUCAACUUUGGUAUUGCCAUGCUGAGCCCGGUCCUUAUCAGCACCAUUUCGUGGAAGACAUACUUGAUAUUCAUGUCUUUCAAUCUCACGGCUGUACCACUCAUCUACUUUUUUGUUCCAGAGACAAUGAACCUGACGCUCGAGGAAAUCGAUCUCAUCUUCGUCGAUCCACAUACGUCGCCGGUCGCCGCCGCCAAACGACUUCAGCAGACUAGAAUCAGAAAUCUAGAGCUCGGUCAGAGGGCAUUCGUGGAGAAAUUUGAAGAAGCCAUACAGGCAACAACUGUUCAUCACGAAAUCAGUACUCAAGAAGAUCCGGUGCCGCAAAAGAAAUGA